GGAGCCCAGCCCUGCCUGCCUUCUCCCCUGCGCCAGCCUCAAGCCGGCACCCCUCCUGCCCUCCUCUCUCGGCCAGGUCUUAGGUAGCAGAGCUCCCGGUCCCUGCUCCGGCAGCCUCCUGCUCCCGGCCCACAGGCGAGGCGGGGAGUGGGGGGUGGGGGGUGAUGGGAGGGGCCGGCUCCACCCCCACUGCUCCUAACUAUCCCUUUCAGGCUCGGUUAUGAGGCCCCUGCUCUUCCUCCCCGUCCUCCUGUGGCUCCGGGCAAGCUCAGCAGAGGAUCACGAUGGCUGCAACCAGGUAGAAGUGCCCGCGGAAGGUGAUCGCGGAGGACAGCCCCUGCAGGUGAACGUCAGUAGUCAGCCUGCCAGCCUGGUCCUGAGCUGGGGGACACCCGUUCCUGCCGGGCUGGGUUAUGUCCUGGGUCUUACCCGCCUGGGCCCCUCUGCCCCCCUCGGGAGACUGCAGCUCCAGGCCGGCCCCAAUGCCAGUGGGUUCGAGUUUCAGGACCUGGUCCCCGGGAGCCAUUACCAGCUUGAGGUGACGGCGCUGCUCCCCUGUUCCCAGAAUUCCACCAUCAUCCUCACAGCUCAGACAACUCCUUCACCUGUCCACAACCUGAGGCUCAACACCUCUGGGAGCCCAGCCAGCCUAAAGGCCACUUGGGAUUCUGCUCCCGGAGAACAAGAUGGCUACCAGCUUCUGCUAUACCACUUGGAGUUCCAGACCCUGGCGCGGAAUAUCUCAGUGGCUCCAGGAACUCUCUCCUGCCAUUUUGACAGCCUCUUGCCAGGCACUGAAUAUGUCUUAUGGGUCACUACCUGGGCUGGUGACCUCCAUGCUAAGACCAGCAUCCGCCAGUGGACAACUCCAGUGCCCCCGGAACUUUUAGUGUUGUUUGCCACGGGUCCAAGUGCCCUUCAAGCUUCUUGGAGCAGGGCUGAAGGGGCAGCAUGGUUCCACCUGACCCUUUUGGACCUCUUGGACGGCACUAUCCUCACAGCUGUGGCCAAGAGGGGUACCACCAACCACACCUUCCUCACCCUCACCCCGGGCACUCCCUACCAGCUGUCACUCAAUGCUACCGCUGGCCUCUUGCAGAUUGGGGGACCCAAUGCCACCGAGUGGACCCAUCCCUCUGUCCCUUUUAACCUAACGCUGACUCUGUGGCCCCCUGGGCUCUCGGCGAGCUGGCAGGCAGGGGCAGGGCACCGGGAUGGCUACCUGUUGCGGCUGAGUGGACAGGCUGUGAGGAACGCUACCUUGGGACCUGAGGCUCUCAAUGCUACCUUCCCUGGCCCUCUUCCUGCUGGCCACUACACCCUGGAGCUUGUAGCCCUAGCUGGACCCCACGGCGCCUCAGCUCAGGCUGACGCUUGGCUGGAGGAUUCCCAGGCCAGGCCCCAGCCUGGGCUUCUCCAGCUGGCUGGACUGCGGGCGUCGAGGGAGCCGGGCCGGAGGGCCCUGCUGUACGCCGAUGGCUCCCCAGGCGUCAUCGCCAACGUUUCUGUGCUGCCCAAUGCCACCCACAUCACCUUCCGAGGGCUGGUGCCAGGGGCCCAAUACCGAGUCGAAGUUAUCUCCUCGGCGGGGGCCACCACUCAGAGCCUUGUUGGGUACACCUGGCCCUUGGCUCCCCAGUCCCUGGAAGUCACAAGCAGGGGCAGCACCUCCGACCUUCACGUCCGAUGGGUCUCUCCAGAAGGAAGGCAGGAUGGGUAUACGGUUUCCUGGCAGGAAGGAGGGAGCCAGAAGGCCCUAGGCUUCCUCAGUGUGGGCAGCAAGCACACUAAUUUGACUCUGAAGGGUCUCCCACCUGGUUCUUGCUUCAUCGUGUCAGCGUGGGCCUGGGCUGGGCCCCUGAAUUCUACAGCCCAGAAGGCACACGCUUGCACCUUUCCUGCCACCCCUGCCAACCUGAGCCUGGGAGGUGAGGGCCAGCCGUCCACCCUGACUGCACGCUGGAGCCCGCCUGCCGGGGCUUUGGAUGGCUACCGGCUACGGCUGUUCCGCCUGGCACCCCUCAGACUGAAGGCAGAGGCAGAAUUCUCUUCUGAGAUUCAGAGCUUCUCCUGGUCCCGGCUUCCAGCAGGCAUGGAAUUUGUGGUCCAGCUGGUCGCCCUGCGGGGGGGAGAUGAGAGCGCGGUUAUAAACGCCACGGCCUGGACAUACCCAGAGGCGCCGGCAAACCUGACUUUCCUCAGUGUGGGCGAUCCAGAGGCCCCGGCCCUGCUGGCAUCCUGGGAAGUGAGUGGAGCACAGAACUUGGAGCUCACUUUGUACCAGCUGCCGGUGGGCAGUGUCGCUCACCACGUUGUCCUCUCAGGCAAUCUCACCAGCUAUACCUUCUGGGGGCUGGACCCAGGCACAGCGUACACUCUGAGGGCUGGUGGCAGCGGGGGGCCUUACCAGGCCUGGGCCCCCAAUCUCACCUCAUGGACUCUUCCCUUGGCCCCAGCCAUGGUAAAUGUGACCAGCAAGGGCCCCACCAAGCUGUGGGUAUCCUGGGAACAGGCACCUGGCAGCCGCCAGGAUGGCUACCGAGUCACCCUUCACCAGGAAGGUACUACUGUGGGCGCCAGAGCCGUCGGACCCGAGGUCAACAAUAUCAGCUUUUCCAGUCUGACUCCGGGCACCAAGUACUGGGUGGAGAUUGUCUCCUUAGCCGGGCCCCACUAUUCUGCGGCAGCCAACGUCACUGGCUGGACCCCUCCACUGCUGCCCAAGGAGAUCUCAGUGACCAUGCAAGGGGACAGCGCCAUGGUGGCUUUGGCAUGGAGUGCUGCCCUAAAAGGGCAGGGGGAAUGCCAUGUCCAGCUCUUAGAGUCUGAACAGAUAUUCCACAGGCAGCCUGUGUCCUUGGGCCAAGCCCGCCUCAUCCUCCGGGGCCUGAUCCCUGGGCAUACCUUCCUCCUCUCUGUGCUGUGCCAAGCUGGACCUCUCCAAGCGUCCACCGCUCCAAUAGCACUGCUUGUCGAACCCAGGCCAGUGGAAGACGUGCAGUGCCAACCUGAGGCUACCCGCCUGUCCCUGAACUGGACGGUCCCUGCGGGAGAAGUGGACACCUGCCUGGUGGUGGCGGAGCAGCUGAGGACCGGAAGCAAAGUCCAACCCAUUUUCAGGGGCAACACUUCCCAGAGCGCCCUCCAGCUCUCUGGCUUGACACCUGCCACUUCCUACCGCCUUAGUCUCACCUUGCUGGGGAGAAAUGGGCUCUGGAGUCAGCCAGUUACUUUGCUGUGUACCACCUCUCCCGAAGCCUGGCGCCCCCCAGAGAUGGCAGCCGCCCCUCAUUUGGAGCAGGAAGCAGGUGCUGGUGUGGUGAUUACACGUGACAUGUUUGGGGAGGACAAUGGACAGAUCCAAUGGUAUGGUGUUAUUGCCACCACCAAUGCCUCAUUGGUCCAGCCCUCCCAGGAAGCCAUCUUGCACACAUGGUAUGACCAUUACUACCGAGGACUUGACUCCUAUUUGGCUGUCUUGCUGCCUUCCCCCUUCCGCCCAGGCCCAUGGGCAAUGCCCCGCUCUUGGACAGUGCCUGUGGGCAUUGAGGAUUGUGGCCAGACCCAGCAGACCUGUAAUGGGAAGCUCAAACCUGAUGUCCAGUAUAGGUUCAGUGUCGCAGCCUUUGCUAGUUCUGACCCAGUCAAUCCUAUGGUCUCCUUUACAGCCUUCUCAGAGCCUCGGACCAACGUCUCGGGGGCAUCGAUGCCCCUUCUGGUGGCUUCGGGCAUUAUAUCAGGUUGCCUCUUUACCCUGUGUGCCGUCCUGGGCCUGUUGUGCUGCAGACGGGUGUGGGUUGAAAGGACAGAAAAGAAAUUCUGUGAAGAGAUGACAUCCUACAGCUUACGGAACAUCCGCCGUCCAAUUCUUAUACAGAACUUCCAACAGAGCUAUGAGGAUAAGAUAGCCAAUUCCCACCAUGCUUUCUUCCAGGAGUUUGAGGAACUAAAGGAAGUUGGCAAGGAGCAGCCCAAACUGGAGGCAGAGCAUCCCGCCAAUGCCAUCAAGAAUCGCUACCCACACGUGUUACCCUAUGAUCAUUCUCGAGUGAGACUGACUCCGCUGGACGAUGAGCCCCAUUCGGACUACAUCAAUGCCAACUUCAUCCCAGGCUACAGCCGGUCACAAGAGUUCAUUGCCACUCAGGGUCCGAUGAAGAAGACCCUGAAAGAUUUCUGGAGGCUGGUCUGGGAGCAGCAGGUUCACACAAUUGUCAUGUUGACCGUGGGCAUGGAGAAUGGGAGGGUGUUAUGUGAGCAUUACUGGCCUUUAGAUUCCACCCCGGUCACCUAUGGUGAAAUCACCAUUCGCCUCUUGGUAGAGGAUAAAGAAGAAGACUGGACAAGAAGGGAAUUCCAGGUGCUACACGGCCCCCAGAACCAGGAACGCUGGGUCCAGCAGCUACAGUUCACAGCUUGGCCAGACCACGGUGUCCCUGAGGCCCCCAGUUCCUUGGUGGCCUUUGCAGAGUUGGUACAGGAGCGAGUACAGGCCGCCCCCAGCAUAUCUCCCACCUUGGUGCACUGCAGUGCUGGUGUGGGCCGAACUGGCACCUUUGUGGCCCUGGUUCGGCUCCUACAAGAGCUACAAGAGGAACAGGUGGUGGAUGUGUUCUACACAGUGUAUGCCCUGCGGCUGUACCGGCCCCUCAUGAUCCAGACCCCGACCCAGUACAUAUUUCUGCACAGCUGUUUGCUGGACAAGAUUCUGGAGGAGCCAGCUGAGUCCCUUGUCUCCCAGCCUAUCCUUGUGAAGAACUUCUCCCAGCAUCACGCCAAGAGAUUGGCCCACUCCAAUGCUGGCUUCCUCAAGGAAUAUGAACUCCUUCUGGAGGCCAUCAAGGACCGGGAUAAUUCUUCCCUACACCAGCUGGGCAGUGCCAUCUCCCAGCUCCUGCCCUAUGAGCGCUGGAAAGUGAAGUUUUCUCCUGCGGAGCAGAGUCCCGUCCACUCUGUUCAGGCCUGGCUUUUUCCAGGGGGGCCCUCUGGCCGAGACCAGGUGGCAUUGGCAGGUCCUGUAAAGGCGGAAGAGUUCUGGCAGCUGGUGUGGGAGUAUGAAGCCUGUGUGGUAGUCUCCUUGUGCCCACUGGACACUCAGAAUGAGGGAUGGUGGCCGGUGUUGGAGCAGCCCAUCUGUACCAAGUCGCUGGCUGUCCACUGGGUAGCCGAGAGUGAAGCGGCAGGAUGGUCUUGCCUUCAUUUGAAUAUCACGCAUGAGAAGGAAGAGAAGGAGCUCCCGGUGGAUCUGCUACGAUUCCCAUGCUGGGAAUGUGGGCAGGAGCCUCCGGCCCAGACCCUGUUACCCUUCCUGAGCGCCGUGGGCCAGUGCUGCUCACAGGCUGGGGGCAAGAAGCCAGCCACGCUGCUGGUAUACGCCAGCUCAGGAAUGGUCCAGCUGGGGAUGCUCUUGGCCAUGGAGCGGCUCCUGGAGCAGGCAGGAUCCCAGUGCUCAGUGGACGUGUUUGGGGUGGUCCUGCAGUUGGCGCGGGCCUGUGGCUCCAUGACGCCGACGCUGGAUCAGUACAUUUACCUCUAUGGUUGUGUGGGCAGUGCCCUGACCCGUGAGCUAGCCUAAGGGAAGGGGGACAGCUGCCCAGGAGUCGGAGAGUCUCGGAGCCCCUCUGCUUUGGAUUCAGAUUGGACUUGGCGUGGCCAAGGUGGUAGAGUUUCAGGAAGCUGGCCUGGUUCCCCCCGAUGUCCAUCCCCCAAACUAGGAAAUUGUUGUGGGCUUCUGAAAAUAAACAUAGAUAAUCCAAAAUGAAGGCUGUGCGGAUUCUGUCAUCUCCUUUUCUCCUCCCCUCUCAGCUCCUGCUGGGGCUGGAAAAAGGGUCAGAGCCAGGGACUGGUCCAGUGAAGAGAAUAGGAAAGGUCCCUUAUGCUUCAUUCAUAUUUCAAAGUGAAGGGGAAAAGGAGGGAGCUGCUAGGGGCUGGGGAAAUCAGAUUCCAAAUGGAGUUGCUAAAAGUAAGAAUUAGUGGCUACUUGAAGGUGUAUAGCAAUAACAAAAAAUAAUAUGGCCUUCUAUGAGACAAGUAUUAUUUAAUAUUUAAAUAGUCAAAUUUCAAAGCUAUGUG